GAAUCUUUCUUUGUCAUAGAUUGAUUAUUACAAUGAUUGAUGUCACAGUAAAAACUCUCGACUCCCAGAAUCAUAGAUUCUCAGUUCCUGAUGAUAUCACAGUUCAGCAGUUCAAGACUCGGAUCAGCUCAUCUGUGAACAUCACUGCAGACAAACAAAGGCUCAUUUUUUGUGGUCGGGUAUUGCAAGAUGAGAAGAGGCUAGCCGAGUAUGGUGUACAUGAGCGUGUGGUACACCUCGUGGCUCGGUCACCUCCUCCUCCUGCCACCUCAGCAGCGCCCUCUGCAGGCUCUGGACAAGGCUCCCCUCACCGCCACCAUCACCACCACCACCACAUCCAUCACCAAGCACCUGGUUCUCACUUUCUCUUCAGGCCCAUUGCUGAUGAUGGAAUUGUUUUUGAGUUGGGCGGAAGCAACAACAGCGGCGCGAUACCCCCGAGCGCGUCUGCGGCGCGCAUGCGACACGCCAGGUCGCUCAUCAUGCGCGCCGUCGGCCUCAUCGCGCAGCUGGGUCGCCACGUCGACUCUGCUACACGCUCGGAAGGAGAAGGAGUGAGGCGUAAACGAAGUCGUGAUGAAGCUGAUGAGGCCAUGCAAGUGGGAGGCGCUGGUGAGACUUCCACCAACGCUUCUACGCCUCCCACUGACACCACCUUUACUUCCACCACCACUACCACCUCAUCCACUUCAACCACAACUGCCACCUCAUCCACUUCAACCACAACUGCCACCUCAUCCACUUCAGCCACAAGUGCCACCUCAUCCACCGCGGCUCCAGACCUGGUCCGGGACCUCGAAGGCUUCUACCGAGAGAUGGAUUCCCUCAACAACAUACAGCCCAUGAUGAUGGUGGGGGCUCCUGGGGCGAGCUUCGUUAACAACACAGCAGGCGGGCUUGCUCAGGCUGCCAGUGCUGCUAUAGCUUCUGCAAUGGCCUCUGCCAUGCGUCCGCAGCCUGCCGCCUCAACUGCUUCAUCUGCGGCUCCCACGACCGCGUCAUUUACUUCUGCUACGUCAUCGUCGUCGUCGACCGGCACCGCCGGACAGUCGCCCAAUUUAACAUCUCCAGCUUCUGCAGUUACUGCUGCACGCAGGCCUCAGGUUCAGUUCAGCACUAUCAACGUGGACCGGCCCAGGAUGCCGGUGAUGGUGGGGCAGUCUGGACCCGUGGGCUUCACCAUGCGCAUAAACAGAAACAGCAGCGGAGGUCCUGCUUUUCAGCCCACUGUACGUGUGAACCCUCGAGACCGAUCAGCUGAUGCCCGCUCUUCAAGACCAGCCACGACCUCUCGUGCAGCAGCUGCCUCUGUGUCGGGAAGCACCCGCAGUCGCAGCGCUGAUAGCCGAAACCGCGGCAGCAGCAACAGCAAUGAGGCUGAUGCUGCUGCUAACGUCUCCAGCGACCACCCGAGCUGCGCUGAGAUGGCAAAUCUGCUCACGUUGUAUCGUAACACGCAGAGAACGUUUGAGCCCUACUUGAACAGAUACAUCGCCAUAAUGGAGGCGGACGCGGCCUACCCAGACGCUGCCAGCACUGCGCCUGCUGACAGCGGCACGACUCGGGCGCCUGGCAGCGCAGACGAGGCUACCACAUCUGGCACGUCUGGUUCAGCCAGCGGCCGUGCCCCGGCAAGCAGCAUGGAGGACCAGUGGUUCAUUUGGCGCGUGAGUGAAGUGAUGCACCUUAUGUCGCACGCGAUGCACGGCAUCAGCGACAUCCUCGUGGACCUGAGGCAGCCUCCUCCGCGCCACAUGAGGGCUCGACCCAUCAUCAUCCACCAGCCAGCGCUGCUUCAGGCUGAAUUCAACGUGCAUUCUGAGAUGAAUGGCACCGCUAGCCCUGCUAAUGAAGCAGCCGCUGCCCCGGCUACCCCGGCCAGCGUCAGCUCCCCUCCCAGCGCGCCUGUUUCAACACCUAACAAUCCAGCUCCUGACGCUGCCACCUCGCCUGCAGCUGCAGCUUUAGCUGCCCUGGAGGAAGAUUACCUUUCCUUGGAACGACAACUUGAGGUGGGAGAGGAGCAGCUGCAGCAGCUGUUGGGCGGCUUAGGAGUGGCGGCGGCGGGAGGGCCAGCAGGUCUGGCGCACAGUCUGGGCGAGGCGGACGGUGUGGUACUCAUGCAGGUUGGCCCCUCUGGCGUCACCAUCGAUUCCUCUUCUGCUCACUCUGCUGGUUCUCCAGAGGCGGCGCAGAUAUUCCAGAUCAUGACUGGACUCACGAAUCAUCUGGCUGGACAAUUUGGGGCCACGCCUGUCACCUCCUCAGCUGCUACGUCCUCAUCUGCCUCGUCAUCAGCUGCGUCUUCCUCUGGUGGGAGCUCUGCCGCGACGGCAGCAGCUGGCCCCGCGACCCACAACAGCCAGGCGGGCCGCAACAGUGGCGGCACAAACACCACCAACGCAACACAGACGCGCGUAACACCUCGACCACACGUGCACGUGACGCCCAUCAACGUGCCAGGACUGAGCUUGAAUCAGUUUGAUCCUUUCUUGCCUUGUAACUCGCAUCACCGCAGCGGCCCUAGCGUCAAUACAGCAUCACCACUUCGGCGCCGGCAACCGAACUUUAGGCCGAGUGGCCGUCAGCAGACUAUCAACAUCAUCCACCGCAACGCAGCUCCUGCUGCUCCUGGCGCACCUCGCGCCGCCACAUUUAACGCCUCCGCCGCACAGGCUCCUGAGAUUCAGUUGUUCACGGAGAUUUUCAACACCGUGUUGCAUCACGCCACUCCCCCUGGGGCUGUUCCUACAUCGACUAGCCAAUCUUCAGCUGCGACGUCUACUACAACAAAUGUUGCGACAUCCGCUCCCACAUCUGUUGCGGCAUCUGCAACGACACCUGCUCCGACAUCUACACCGAUACCUGUUUCUGCGUCAGCACCAACAUCUGUGCCGGCACCUGCACCGACAUCUGCUCCGGCACCCGCGGCAGAACAGAGACCGCACGACGGCUCUGAGCGCGACCCGCGCUAUGCUCAGCCUGAGGAACUAAGUGAAGCGACGCAGGGCGCCCUGCCUGGCCUCUGGGACCUGUUGAUGGGGCUCGCGACGGGGGGCCAGCCGCAGCUCAGUGCCGCCUUCCUCGAGUCUCUGGACGAGCUCGGAGCUGCCUCCCCUCAACAGAUCCAGAAUGUGGUAGCAGCUUUGAUAUCUACUCCUGUGGUGAGCUCGUUCUUACCUGGGGUAAUGAGGCUUCUGCGACAGUACAUUCUGGAUGAGGUGUUGCAGGGCCGAGAAGCGACACCUGACAACGUCACUGCCACAGUCGAGCAAGCUAUUAGAACCAUGCAGGGCCCCAUACGCGAUGUUGUGAGCCAAGCCUUGUCUCGACAAGCGCUCGACUGCGUGCACACCAUCAACAGCUUCCUCAGGCGCCGUCUCAGCGACGUCCUCACCGCCAUUUUCAGCUCAGAGAACUCGAAUGAGGUGUUGCAAGUGCUGAUCCCGACGGUGGUGGCCUCGGUGAUGGAAUUCACGUCGCUGUGCCGACAUUUCCUGCCUGGUGGGCAACAGGCGCUCGACCAGGCCGUCUCCCACACUCUGUCGCACGUGAUGGGCGCGAUCACGGGCGGGACGGCAGACGCUCGCGUGCAGGCUGGAGGGCGGCUGCUGACUCAGAUGCUUGCACGACAGCAGCCCGCUGAGCAGCACAUCUCCAGAUACCUGGUGACUGAGGAUCGAGCUACACGCAUGGAGGAAGAGCUCUACCGGGGCUAUGAGAACAUGAGGCUCACCACUCCUCCCCACGUCACACAGGCCGAGGAGAGCGUAGAGAUGGCCGAGCAUGAGUCGCUGCCUUCUGUCGUCACGCUGUCUCCUGCCAACCCUCAGGCCGAGGCGAUGGAGAUCACCGAUGAGGCACCAGCCGCUCCUCCGAGCCCGCCUGCUUGGCAUGCCGCCGUACCUCAGGACUGGAUCCCGAUCGUGAGCGAUGACAUCGCGCGGCAGGCGGAGAGCAACAACAGCUCGUCGGUGCGGCCUCUGAGCGACGCGUACAUGUGCGGGGUGCCGUACAAGCGGCGCCGUCUGGCCACCCAACACAAGCCCAGAGGACCUGUCGCCGCGGUCUUGAGAGACACGUUGAGAUCCAGUAUGCGCAGCGCCGGAGUGAGCGCGCCUCUUGUGGACGCCGUGAGCGCCGAGGCGUCGCAAGCGCCGAUUGUGACGCGCGCAUUCGCCUCUCACAUCCGUGACGCCCUGCGCACGGCCUCCCUCGCCAACCCUGACGCGCACACCGACAACUUCGCCGACCUCAAGGAGAAGCUUUAGCGCCGCGGUGCUAACGGCGCUUGCAAAACGCCUGCAUUGUUUGGCAGUAUCUGUAGUGAUCGGAUUAUUCCUCUCGCAUUAUUUUCCACUUCUAAUAUUCCCGAUUUUGCGGAUUUGAUUGGAUAUAUGUUGAUUUUUUUAGAUUAUGCAAUGAUCUAAAGCAUUAUCGCUCUUUAAUGUUUAUCCUCUCGAUAAUACCGUGGAUUUUUUGGUUACGAUACACGGUUUGUUUUGCCAUCAUUACUGUGCCAGGUGAUGAUGCUGUCGAGGUACGGUCAAUGUUGCUGGUUAGUCUGCUAAUGACCUCUGUGCUCUAAUUUCAUUUAUAAUAAAUUUUAGAAUUCUUACGUUGUUAGUAUUCACUUCAAAUAGUUCAUCCCGAAUAGUGAGGUUGUUUGACACAUAGAAGAGUGAAAAGCUUGUCGUAGAUAAGGUAUUGCAUUAUUGUGAGUCUUAAGUUAAUACAGAAGAAUGCGGCUAGGAAGCAAUCUGGCCAUCGUGUUAACCUGAUUGCACCGCGUUAUUUUGCUCAGAAUAGACACAGUCAUAAGCUAGAGGCUAUCAUUUAUCUGUACUGUUGGAAAGUUUCAUGCAGCGGUUUGGAAAUUGUGUUUUUUACGGUUUUAAUUUCAUUAACAGUGGAAGCUAUUAGAAAUAUUACCAUGAACUAUUGCUAAAUAUUUGAUCUUUUCUUCCUAAUGUCUGAUUUCUGUGUUUGAAAACUCAGUGAAAUUGUUUAUAAAAUUCGGAGUACUUCUCCCAAAUCAUAUUAGUUUUGUGAUUUCUCUCGACGUCAAUAUUAUGGAUCUUUUUCGGAUUUUAAUAUUGUACAUUAUUAUAAUCGUAAGGAAAUAAUUGACUCGCAUGGUGCACGGCAGGUCUUGGUAGGGAAGAAAUCAACCUAAUCCCAGGUCCUUACCUAAUUACCUCUGCAUCAAUGGACCUCUUAGAACUUUAAUAGCAGCUUGAAAG